AUGACCCAGCUCUGCUCACUCAGGCCCAAAGCCCUUGCUUAUCCUAUCCCUGUCCCUCCCAGGGGCCUGGGUGCUGGAGAGGGAUCGGGUCAUCCAGUGGGUCCAUGUAUGUCCUCUUUGGACCCUAGUCCAGCCCAGCUCAUGGACAGUGUCCUAGGGCUGGGGGCACUGGGGUUGACAAUUUGGGCAGUCUUUUCCUCGGCUGGCCCAGCCUUGCUGCUGCUGCUGCUACUAGUCAGCUUCCUGGCCUUCGACCUACUCCACAGAUCCACCGGGCCACAGCACACACUUCUCACAGGGGGCCUGAGUCAGGGGGCUGGUGAGGGUCCCAGAUGGCAGGAGGCUCUACUCCUGCCGAUGGUGGCAGUCACAGGACAACUCUGCCUCCAGGAAGCUCUGCUCCUGCUGCUCCUGGGCCUGGGGCUGUUCCUGGGAGCCUGA